CCCGACCGGGGGCCGGGUUUCCCUGCCCCCCAGCCGGCCAGCGCCUCGGGCUCCCUCAGCGCCUCCUCCGCCGCCUCCCACCGCUCGCGGGCCCGCCCGCGCUACAGGACCAAGGCCGUGAACUCGGAGGUGGACGAGAGCCUGUUCGGCAUGGCCAAGAACCUGCCGCGAUCCUAUACUGACAGCCCCCUUGUGAUCCUACGGGAUGUGCAGACUGUCCAGAAAUCACCCUCUGCCUGUGGCUGGGGCCACAAACCUGAGACCAUCCGCCUCAUCACCAGGGAUCUCAUCCGUGAUCUUGUCGUUCCUGCAGAGGACCCGUCAGGAGAAUCCCUCAUUAUGAGCCCAGAGGAUUUCCACCGCAUUAAGGCAGCAUCCCAAGUCCUGACCAAGGAGGAGCGUGAGGCCAACAUAGCAGCCCUCAAGGCAGAGAGAGAAGCUCUUAUCGCCGGGGUGAAUGAGCGCAAGCACGUCAUGAAGCAGAAAGGGAUGGUGCAGAAGAAGAAGGAGAAGCUGAGCGACCUGGAAGAGGAGGCCAAGGAGCGAGCCCAGUACCUGCUGCAGCGGGCCACCAGGAUGCGCAUGGAGCAGGAGGAAGAGGUCAAGGAGCUCAGCGAGAUGAUCCUGAAUGCAAAGUGCCAGGCGAUCCGUGAUGCACAGAUGCUGGAGAAGCAGCUGAUUGAGAAGGAGCUGGGGGAGGAGGAGAAGCGCCUGGACCAGAUGAUGGAGGUGGAGAGGCAAAAAGCCACCAAGAUGCAGGAGGAGCUGGAACAGAAGAGGAAGCAGGAGAUGAUCAGAGGGAAGCAACAUAUCAUCGAGCAGAUAGAGAAGAACCAGGAGGAGCGGGCUAUGAAGGCAGAGCAGCGCGAUCAGGAGGCCCAGGAGAUGCUGGACUAUCUGGAGCAGAUGCAGAUGGAAGACAUGACGGACAUGGAGAACAGACAUGAGCAGAGGAUGAGAAUUCAGGCUGAGGUUAAGCGUAUCAAUGACGAGAACCAGCGGCGUAAGGAGGAGCAGCUGGCGCAGGAGAGGAUGGCUGACCAGCAGGUGCUGGAAUACCAGAAGCGGAAAAUGGCAAGGGAAGCAGAGUUUGAAGCCGAACAGGAGAGGAUCCGCCGGGAGAAGGAGAUGGAGACGGCACGUCUGAGGGCAUUGCAGGAGAAGGCCCAGGAUUACCAAGCAGAGCAGGACGCACUGAGGGCCAAGCGGAACCAGGAGGCCACCGAGCGAGAGUGGCGCCGGAAGGAGAAGGAAGCUGCGCAGAAGAAGGCAGAGACCGAUGCCAUGCUGAAGAAGAGCCGGCUGGAGCAGAUCGCCUACAAGGAGCACAACCUGGCUGUGCAGGUGCAGCGGGACCGCAAUGAGUUUGAGAGGAUCCUCAGAGCUCAGCGGGAGCAGAUUGAGAAGGAGCGGAAGGAGCAGGAGCGGCGCAAAGCCCUGCAGCUGACCCAUGCUGAUGAGGUGCGGCGCCAGGUGCGCGAGCACCAGCAGAAGCAGAUACAGGAGCGAAUCACCACCUUCGAGGAGGGCAGGCGCCUGAAGGAAGAGGUGCGCCGGCGCAGCGAGCGCAUCAAUGAGAUCAAGAGGAAGAAGAUGGAGGAGCUCAGAGCUGCUGGCCUGCCUGAGAAAUACUGUGCCCAGGUGGAGCGCCGAGCCCUCAUUGAGCCUGCCCCUGUGCACUGAGGGGCCCCAGGGCAACCUCGCCCAGCUUGCCAUGGCUGCAUCGUAUGGCCCAUCCCUGUCGGGGCCUAGAUUGUAUAUUUUGGUAGUUUCUGAGAGUGUUUUAUGAAUAGAGAUAUUUAUGGAGGUUUUGGGUUCUUUGCUUUGCCAUGUCCCCAAACCAGCCCCACCAGCGAAGUUGGGAAGAGCAACCCCUCUCCAGCUCUGCGGGCUGUGGAGAGAGGCUCACCCAUGCUCCCCCGGCGCGAGGGAGGCAUUAAUGGGUACCACAGCAAUGAGACCUCUGCUUCCAUGGAGGGGCUAGUAUCAGGUCCUGCAUUAGCACCUUGGUGGCCCCAGCUCUGCCCCAGGCUUCCCGAGUUACUGUGGGCAAGGUAAAUGGGCAUUUUCUUCACUGUGCUACAGCCCUCAGUUCUGUUAGCAGGGGCUUUUCAGCCGGCUUGGGCCCAGAGCCACAUUGGCCAGUCACUGGCAGCUGGGAAACCCACACUGAGUCCCCACAAGCUUGAUCUGUUCUCAUGUCCUCAUGCCCAUCAGCAGAGAAUGGGAAAGGCUGCAGUUGGGCUCUGAUGUCUGAGCUCUGCCUGCUCCUAAUGCAGCCCUGGAAACCCCACUGGGCCCCGGCCCUCUGACCGGUGUCAGUCCCCAACCCCUGCCCUCCCGCUGGCAUCAGCCUCAAACCCUGCUGAGCCCCUGCCCUGCGGCCAGCAUUGGCUUCAAGGGAGAAAUCCAUGUAGGACUGUCACCCCAAACAAUCCUCUGAACUGUGACUGGAUGGCUCUCGGCAUAACUGCAGCAGCUGGCACCCCAGGCGGAACGCGUGAUCGGCACCCCUGCCUGCACGGCUGAUAAUGGGGUGACAUCAUCAUCGGGCGCCCCAUGAUGUCAUCAUCGGGCGCCAUUGAAGGUGGCGCCCUAGGUGACGGCCAAGUCGGCCUAUGGCCACAGGCCGCCCCUGAGUGUUGGCUCUGGUGCUGUAGGGAGUGGUGUUGAGAACAGCGCUAGAGUUAAGUUGCAGCCAGAUUUUCCUUCACAGUAGUCUAGUUCUGUCCUGCAUUUGGUGUUCUGUGGAACAAAUACCUGAUGCUUAUGCUGAGAACAUACGUACAGGAAAGAGUCCCGUUACCUGGGCAACGGCCUGGCGCUGGGGCAACAAGAGCAGAAUGGCUGAGUGCAGAUAGCCUGCUCCUGGCUGUGCUAUGGCAGGGGAGCAGGGAGCCACUGUCUCAGGUUCCCCCCCAUGGAGAAGCUUUGCCUGACUGAGGGCUCUAGCCCCCAUGACCCUGGGACAAAAGAUUCUUCAACUGCUCCUCACAGCUCCUACAACAGCAUCUGCUGGUUCCCUGGGUGAUAAGCACUUGCUGAUAUAGAGGCUGGGGAGGGGAGGAGAGUGACUGAGCAGGGAAUGGAAAGAGGAGAAAUCAUGGGCGGAGUCUUUGGUAAGAGGAGUUGAAGCCUCAGCUUGCCUCUCCCUCUGGCUCCUGCAGGUUGAGCUCUGUCCCAAGUCCCGGAAUAGCUGGUUCCUGUAGAUGGCAGCAGGACGGGGCUGAGAUCUCAGCUACCAGGCCUGUCCCUCCCUCUCUGAGAUGGCAAGGCCCUCAGUCCUGGAGCUCAGGGCUUACUCUGCUGAAUAAUUCAGAGCAGAAUGAUACCACAGAUCAGAGAGUGUGACAUGUCUGCAGCCAUGGGGGCCUCAGAGAGGCUGGGGGCCUCCCCUGCACUGAGGCAGAUGGGGACAGAUUGGCGUAAGCUAAAGCAGCCUGAGGGCUGCCCUAAGUAAUAGGCUCGCUAAGGGUGCAUCUACACUGCACCCGUAGCUCAAAAUAAGCUAAGCAAAUUGUGGAGCUCAUUUUGAGUGUAUUUUGAAAUAGCUUAUUUCAAAAUUAAAAUAGAGCGCUAUUCCGAAACAUCCCUUAAUCCUCAUGGAAUGUCGGAAUAUUUUGAAGUAACGGGUGCACUGUUGAGACACAGAAUACAUUUUAGGGAUUCCGGAAGUAUCCUGAAAUAGCGCCGCUGGGUAGACUACCCUAAGUGUUGUGGCAGCAGAGAUCAGCUGGGGUGCAGGACUCCUUAGGCUGUGUCAUCUCCUGUCCCUGGACACCCCUGUACCAGGGGAUCUGCAAGGGUUGUCACAGAGCUGGGGGUUCUGCAGGAGAAAGCAGGCCUGGCAACUCCUCCCACAGCCCAAAAUGUCCCAGACUUGUCUGUUGCGGAGACGGAUUAAGGCCUGACCGAUAGCCACACAGAGGAGAGAGUCAAGGUGGUCUGGGGAGGAGGGCAGGGACUGUGAGACAGAAGAGAUGCUGUCCUUAGGCCCAUGGCUUUAGAGCAGUGGUCUCCAACCUUUUUACACUCAAGAUCACUUUUUAAAUCUCAGAACAAGUGAAGAUCUACUGCCCCUCCCAUCCCCCCCAAGACCCCACCUCUUCCUUGAAGCGCUGCCCUCUCUAUUCUCCUCCUCUCC